AUGUUUCUUAUCGACGGACUGAAGCGUAUCUAUAGUUAUUUCGUCGCGGACUCUGUGAAAACCCACAAGAUCAGUCUCAUAAAGGCAUCAUAUAACAACCUAGAACAGAAAAUUCUUUCGAAUUAUCCUCCAGAAAAAGUGGCAGUUGCUAUCCUUCACACCCAAUACGCCCAAGAGCUCGUCACCGGCAUUGCAGAACGGCGAUGGUCGGCCGAAGAUGUCAUGCGAGUGUACUGUUUGCAAUCUCUGCGACUGCAUCGGGAGUACAACUUCAUAUCAGAACAGUUUAUGGAGGAUGCGAUUUUGUUGGCAAUAACCCUUGAUGCAAAGUUUCGGUCUACAGGAAGGCUCGUGGGGCCACUGCAUGGACUGCCAAUAGCGUUGAAAGACGACAUGGACGUGAAAGGCUAUGACACAACCCUAGGGUGCAAAUGCGGGUGCCUGCAACCAAAACACCUAGACGCACCCAUUGUCGAAUGUCUGCGAACUGCUGGUGCUAUUCCCUUCUGCAAAACCAAUGUAUCUUGGCAUCUUCUAUCCGCGGAAUGUACCAAUACACUUUUUGGACAGACCCUCAAUCCUCUGGAUACCAAGACAAGUCCCGGUGGGAGCAGUGGCGGUGUGAGCGCUUUGGUGGCGGCUGGUGGUGCACUCGUGGGCAUUGGCUCGGACGCUGUAGGAGGUCUCCGAGUUCCUGCCCAGCAUUGCGGCUUAUAUUGCUUGAAACCAACCUCCAGUCGUCUACCACCCGGAACCACAAAUAAUAACACGUUAUCUUGGGAUACAAUACCUCGUGUUUUUGGUCCAGUAUCUCGCUCGUUACCCAAUAUCGUCACCAUAUUUCGCUCCCUCCUACUCACCCAUCCCUGGCGGACUGACCCAUCCGUCGUCCCAAUUUCCUUUGAUCAUGCGCUAUACACUUCAACCCUUGAAUCUCGACGUUUGAAAAUUGGCUGGUACACCAAUGACGGUUUCUUGCGGGCGCUUCCUCCAGCUUGUCGUGCAGUUCAUACUGCUGUGACCGCACUUGAAAAACAAGGUCACGAAGUUGUUGAAUUCCACCCCCCAAAAACCAUCCAGGCGGUUCUCCUCCUUACCAAACUCCUCGUCAUGGAUCUCGAUUCACCUUGCACCUUCCUGCGGGAAUUCCAGCAAGACGAUCUAGGGGAACCCAUCGUCCCGUUGAUGCUUCUUAUGCGUGCUCCAAUGCUUGUUCGGGCCCUGGUGGCGACAUUCUUCGAAAGGAUCAUGGAUGACACCGUUGUGGGACAGAUGAUUCGGACAUUGGGACUUGGCGGCACGACGGCAAGAUUUCGCAAAGGGCCAAAAGCGGCCGCGGAGCUGGUCCAAUUGCAGAAAGAAAAAGAGGAGUAUCAACGACUGUUUGCGGAGGCGUGGAACGAGAUGGAUGGAAUGGAUGUGUUAAUCUGUCCUGUCCACGCCAUUCCACCACUUCCCUCCGUCUCCUUUCCCUACACUAGCGCUGGAACGUCAUAUUCUAUGCUCUAUGGUCUUCUGGAUUAUCCGGUUGGCGUCGUUCCAAAUGUGACAGCUGUAACUGCUGCAGACCGCGUUCACGAUACCCUCAUGUACGUGCAUGGCCAGGAAGGCGCUCCACCACCCGUAAAUAUACCUGGCCAGCCAGCGGUGCAAAGUCAUGGACAUCAUAAAGGAUGCUUCAAUUUUCUGGGAAUUUUGGGAGUCGAAGAGUUCAAUUCAAGGCUUGCCGAGGGCGUCGGUACCGAAGCAAGUGUUGCAGUUCAGGUCGUUGGACGUCGCUUUGAGGAAGAAAAGGUUUUAGCUGUCAUGGAGUUAUUGAGAAAUGGCCUUGAGAAGAAGAAUUCCUAUUGA